GGUUGAUUUGCACGGACAUCAUGAGGGCAACUUCAUCUCUCUUCCUGCUGCUCGUGGGUGUCUGGGUAGGGGCGGCAAUGGAGCUCAAGUGCUUUGCUAAUGGGCCAGUGGCCUUUUAUGCCUCUUUGACGGGCGUUGAUGGAUAUACGGGACCAUAUGAUACUAUGACCACCUUGGUGUACAAAAAGGUCAUCACAAACCUUGGCGAAGCCUACAACCCAGCCACCGGCAUAUUUGUUGCUCCAGUCAAAGGGAUCUACCACUUCGCCAUCUACUACCACUCCCCUCUUAGGCACUAUGCAGAUCUUUACUUACAAAAGAAUGGUGUGACCAUAGCUACUACUUCCCAUCAAAAGCCGACGCGGGCGUACCGGUAAUAAGUGGAUCUAACGCUGCCAUUGUGGAGCUGGAGACAGGAGACCAAGUCAAAGUCAUGCUUCGUGCCGGUAGUGAGGUCUGGGAUGGCGUCAACCAUCACACCACAUUUAAUGGCUAUUUGCUUUAUGAUCUCUAUUCACCCAUCAACCACACCACCCGUUGGUGAGGUUACUGAACAUUCACAUGAAAAUAACUAAAAUCUAUGAAUAAAAAAAUUAAGAAAUGGCUUUUGUAGUUUUUGGCUGCUGAAUAUCAGGGUCAUUUGUUAUAUUUCAUUCUGCAUUUUACAAAGUAUGUCCUUGGCAAUGGGCUGGUUGCACCUAUGCACCUACAGCACUUCCUAUCAUUAACCCUGUUCUUGUGUUUGGGUCACCACCAACCCGUUUUAGUCUGUAAAGAUGUAAAACAACCACUUGUUAAUGCUAAUUGAAAUCAUUCUUGAAAUCAUACAAUCAUAAUUAUAUUUCCUAUAUUUUUGUAUCUAUGCAAAAAUAAACUAAAUUAUUA